CCGGCUGUGAGGACAGAGAGCGGCGUCGAGACCGAUCGAGACUCUACAACCACCGCCUCCUGAAAAUACACUGUACGAUGAAACUGUUUGCGAUAUCGUCCUAUUUCUUCAACGGCAUCUUCACAGUUAUAAUGCUGGUGAUGGGUCUCUCUACUCCUGGGAAAGCAGAAAUCACCAGUCUGGAAUCGGCCAACAUCGAUGACAUCUUAAAUAAUGCUGGGGUUGCACUGGUCAAUUUUUACGCGGACUGGUGUCGUUUUAGUCAGAUGCUUCAUCCAAUCUUUGAGGAAGCAUCAAACAUUGUGAGAGAAGAGUUUCCUGACACAAAGCAAGUGGUGUUUGCUCGCGUCGACUGUGACCAACAUUCGGAUAUAGCCCAGCGCUACCGCAUCACCAAGUACCCCACAUUGAAAUUGUUCCGUAAUGGAAUGAUGAUGAAACGGGAGUACAGGGGUCAGAGGUCAGUGACUGCCAUCGCUGACUUCAUCCGCCAGCAGCAGGUCGACCCAGUGAAAGAAAUCCACUCUCUCGAAGAAGUGAACACCAUUGAUAGAAGUAAGAGAAAUAUAAUUGGUUACUUUGAAGCAAAGGACUCUGAGAACUACCACACUUUUGAAAAAGUUGCCAACAUCCUUCGAGAUGACUGCACGUUCCUGGCUGCUUUCGGUGCUGUUUCAGAGUCUGAGCGCUUCAGUGGAGACAAUAUCAUCUACAAACCAGUCGGGGAGAGCAUUCCUGACAUGGUCUACCUCGGCGGGCUCAACAACUUUGACCUGAGUUACACCUGGGCUCAGGACAAAUGCGUGCCUCUGGUUAGAGAGAUCACCUUCGAAAAUGGAGAGGAGUUAACCGAAGAAGGCAUCCCAUUCCUCAUCUUGUUUCACCUUAAAGAAGACACCGAAAGUUUAGAUAAGUUUCAGCAUGAGGUGGCUCGUCAGCUCAUCAGCGAGAAAGGUUCUAUAAACUUCCUGCAUGCAGACUGUGACAAGUUCCGUCAUCCUCUGCUCCACAUCCAGAAAACUCCAGCUGACUGUCCAGUGAUCGCCAUUGACUCUUUUAGACACAUGUAUGUCUUUCCAGACUUCAAAGAUGUCUCGAUCCCUGGUAGGCUCAGGCAGUUUGUGCUGGACCUUCACUCAGGAAAGCUGCAUCGAGAGUUCCACCACGGUCCGGAUCCCACAGACAGCACACCUGGACAGGAGGAGGUGGGAGACAUCGGCGCCAGCAAACCACCCGAAAGCUCAUUCCAGAAACUGGCGCCCAGCGAGACGCGCUACACCAUCCUGACACGGGACCGCGACGAGCUGUGACCUCAGCAGCCAUCCAGUGAUCCUGUGACUCAAUGCCAUGCCCCAAGGUUGGAGAGGGAGGGGUCGAUGGUCGGGACUGGCCAGUGGGAUGGAACAGCAACACCCAACACCCUUACUCAAGAAGAUAGAGGAGUGAACACAGAAGGAGAAGAAGUCUGUUUUUGAAUAAUCUAUAUUUUCAUAACUCGUGUAGAAUUUUUAUUUUGGAUUAAAACAAAUUGGGGCGGGGGGGUUUGAGAAGAUGCAUCUGGUCGGGGGUGUUUUUAUUUUGUUUGGAGCUUGUAUAUAUGUCCGUGCUACAUUUGCAACUCAAUGUUGGUCUAAAUUAUGCAGAGGUAAAUGCAAUGUGUUGUUUUUAUUUUAUUCCUUUGUCACCACACCCACUUUUUGUCAUCCAAUGUGGAUCAAAUCCUUCACUCCAGUUGUUCAUUUGUGGGUCAACUGUGGGGCAACUGUCGGACCUGCACCUCUUUCUGCCAGUGGCUUAGUAUAUUUGCUUCCUCAUCCACACUAAAGUCAUAUCCCUAGUGAGUCAAAUCUACUCCUGAGAUGAACCCUGUCUUCUCCUGAUUAAUAUUCUGAGACACUUGGUGACAGAACUUGUCAAAGAAAGUGUUGGUCAUCUGAGAUUGGCAAUGAUGGAUUUAAUCCUGAGGUCCCUGUCCAGUGCAGUUGUGACAGGACUUGCUGAUAAAUAUGACUCCACUCAAUUAUGACCAAUUUUGUCUCUCAUACCUGCAGAGUCAAAAUGAAGUGGUCUUAAAAGCCAAGAAGUGUCCAUGAUCUAUAGAUGAGAUGAGAAAGUACUGUAAUGUUCUGAGGAAUUAUUCGAUCACAUUGAAAGGCUGAGUCCCUCUCAUAGUGAUGAAGGGACCCCUUGAUGCACUGAGGUGAGCGCUCAUGAUUACAGAAGUUCUGUUUCUUUGUCUCCUUAUUGAGUUUUGGUACAAUGCAUUCGGACUGGUUUGUCCAACAGUCCGAUCAUUGACAUAUCAACCCACAGACAGGACGAUGAUAGGGGGAGGGGUGAUGCCAUUUAAGUCAUCUCAGAGAAUAAAAAAUCAUUU